AUGUCCCCUCUAACCAUUGACCCCCCAUUGCUCAACUCGGCAAACCCCUGGUGCACCACGCUCUCCCAAUUGCAAGACCUCUACACCAACCCCCACACCGGUGCCAUAACAACCCGCACCUCCCUCCCUUCCUCCACAAACAAAGGAUUCCCCCACGACCCCAGUAUCCACCAAUUCGCCUUCUUCACCCCAGACACCCUGUCCAGCUCAACCCCAAACAAGGAUCUAUCAGACGAUGCCUCGACGACCGGUAGUCUCAACACGCUCGGCUACUCGCCCAUCCCCCUCUCGGAAUACCUAUCCUACGUACAAACAAUAAGCAACACACACUGCGCCUCGGUACCACUCCACAGCCGCACCAGCCACAAACCCAUCAUCGUGUCGGUGACGGGAACCGCGGAAGAGGUGGUGCAAUGCUACCGUCAAAUCCGCACGUGCCAGCGCGCCGUCCACAUGCAACUGGCCAUGGAAAUCAAUCUCUCAUGCCCGAAUAUCCCUGGGAAACCGCCGCCUGCGUAUUCAAGACUGGAACUAGCUGAGUAUUUGCGGGGUUUGGGACGGGAAAUGUCAGUUGAGCAACCACAGCAACCACAGACUCGGGAAGAAGCAAGUGAAAGAGGAGAGGAUAGGCCAGAAGUUCCAGUAGGCAUCAAAACACCACCAUACACGUACCACGACCAAUUCCAGAGCCUAAUCGAUGCGCUCCUCGAUUGCAGUGAGAAAGGGUCGUCACCAUCGUCGUCGUCGUCGUGUCCGGUGAGUUUUAUCACGGCGGUGAAUACGCUUGGCUCGUCGCUUUUGGUCGCACCAUCAUCGUCUUCUAUUGCAACCACUACCGUUUCUCACAACAACACCACCACCACCACCACCCAUACCGACACCGAUACCUCUGCAUCCACUACCCCAUCCUUCCACCCAACCCUCACAUCAGCAAACGGCACAGGCAUCGGCGGUCUGGCAGGUACACCGCUGCAUCCCCUCGCGCUGGGCAAUGUGUAUACAAUCGUGCAGAUGCUAGCGCAGCAUGAGGUGUUGAAGGGAAUACAGGUGAUUGGGGUCGGUGGUGUGGCGGAUACGGAGGGGUAUAGACGGAUGAGGGGGGUAGGCGCGCGAGCGGUGGGUGUGGGGACUGCGUUGGGCAGGAAAGGGGUGGGUGUUUUUGAGGAGAUUAUUGGCACUGUGGGUGUGCAAGAGAAGAAAUGA